CAAAGCAUCCUGUGGGAUACAAACUGUGUCACAUGAUUUAAUUCUGCAGGCAUGUACAAUAACUUAAAAGCAAACUAAGACUAUUCUCUACAAAGUCAACUAUUUUGUGUUUUUAUAAGUGACUGUAUGGCUGUUUAGUUUUUUUCUCUGUGGAUGGGCAGCUUUAUUAAAACGAUGUCUCCUUCCCUAUAAAGAAAUUUAUCCUAGUUUGUAGUGUUAUAAAUGAUUUAAUCUAUGCUAGUAAGGACCUACAAUUCAUGGAGCUCAGUGGGGAACCCCUUUGACCUUUGACCUGUCGGCUUCCACUGUUGGUGAAAUAAUCAGUGCAAAUCUGCUCAUGCAAAACGGUAUUGUUUGGAAGAGGUCAAAUUCAUGAUGAAAUCAUUCGCAGACCUCAGAAGCCUCAGUGUCAGUUUCUCUGUCUGUGUGUGUGCAUCUACUGUAACUGAGAACUGUCUUUGUUUUGGAAAAACUGGAAAAGCCUAAAAUGACGCGUAGGAAUGACAGUCAUUGUGGUGUGAGCUGCUCUGUUGACUGCAGCGACUGAGGUUGGUACAGACCAAAGACGCCCUUCCAGCAUUAGGCAAGUCGCUCUGUGGCCAGCAGCUCUCCGGUGUGAGGCAGGUGUUAGCAGUGUAGAUGGAGGACACGGAGCCCCUGGUGGCUGUGAGGCCAGAGGAGAGAGCGCCGAGCAGCAGAUGGUCUGCGGCUAAGCAGAGCCCUGAGUCUAAAAUGGUGGAAGACUUCAGAAGGAGGCUCAAGUACUUCUUCAUGAACCCUUGUGAGAAAUACAGAGCCAGGGGCCGCAAACCGUGGAAACUGAUGCUACAGAUUUUAAAAAUUGCAAUCAUCACCAUCCAGUUGGUGUCUUUCGGCCUGAGCAAUGAAAUGAUGGUCACCUUCAAAGACGAAAAUCUGGUGACGUUCAAACACCUGUUCCUCAAAGGAUACACGGACCAAAGGCUGGGACAAUAUGCACUUUACACAAAAAGAGAUGUCUAUGAUCACAUCCACUACAUUAUCAACAGGUACAUCACUCUCCAAAACCUGACAGUGGGCAAUCAUGCAUAUGAGAGGGCAGGCGGAGUGUACACCCCUCUGUCCGUCUGUCAGGAGUUCUACAGGAAUGGCAGCAUCUCCCCCGGCAACGAGACCUUUGACAUUGACCCACAUAUUGAAAAAGAUUGCUUUUCCAUAUACCCAAUGCAGUCCUAUGACAACAACAGUUUGGCAGGACACCUGAACUUCUCCCUAGAUUUCAAAAGGCUGCUAUCAGUCAACAUCUACCUGACUCUGAAAGCCAUCAAUCUGCAGACAGUACGCCACCAUGAGCUGCCAGACUGUUAUGACUUCCAAAUAAUGAUCGUGUUUGACAAUCGUGCACAUAGCGGAAGAAUAAAGGUCGAUGUUGACAAUGAUGUCAGUAUUUAUGAGUGCAGAGACUGGAAUGUGGCAGGCACUUCUGGGAAAAACGACCACCGCCUCUUGUUGUUUGACUCUCUGGUCAUCCUCGCCUGCUUCACCUCCCUCAUCCUCUGCACCCGAUCCAUCAUCAACGGAAUCCAGCUCCAGUUUGAGUACAAUAUUUUCUUCCAUGCCUACUACAAUAAAAUUGUGUCCUGGUCAGAUCGCAUGGAGUUUGUGAACGGCUGGUACAUCCUUAUUAUUGUGAGUGACACACUCACCAUCGCCGGCUCAGCCCUUAAAAUAGGAAUACAAACAAAGUACUUGACAAACUACGAUGUUUGCAGUAUUUUGCUGGGGACAGCCACCAUGCUCGUCUGGGUUGGGGUGAUUCGUUACCUUGGCUUCUUCAAGAAAUAUAACAUCUUAAUCUUGACCCUGAGGGCUGCAUUCCCAAAUGUGAUUCGAUUCUCCUGCUGUGCAGCCAUGAUCUAUCUGGGAUACUGUUUCUGUGGCUGGAUCGUGCUCGGGCCUUACCAUGACAAAUUCCGAACGCUGGACAAGGUGACAGAGUGUCUCUUCUCCCUCAUCAACGGCGAUGACAUGUACUCCACCUUUCAAAAGAUGAGGGCGAAGAGCUACAUGGUGUGGCUCUUCAGCAGGCUCUACCUCUACUCCUUCAUCUCCCUCUUCAUGUACAUGGUGCUCAGCCUGUUCAUCGCCCUCAUCACCGACACCUACGAGACCAUCAAGCAUCACCAACAAGACAAAGCGCCAGUGUCCCACCUUCACGCCUUUAUCGCCGAGUGCAGGGACCAGCCCGAGUCUGGGAGAUACCAGACCGAGGAGGAGAAGGCCUCCUGCUGCUCCUUCCCAUGCUGCUGCUUUACAUGAGAGCAAAAUGAAUGCUGAUGAUUCCUCUACCUGUGCAGACUGUUGACAUGACAGGAUUGGAGAGGGUCUUGCAUCAGUUAUUAUAGUUUUAUAUUUUUCAUUAGUUUUUUUUAUUUAAUGUUUAAUUUUUGUUUUAAAUUCAGUUUAGCUUCAGUUAGUCUCCAGAGUGGACUUGGUUGUUUAAGUUCAGUUUUUAGUGUUUUAAAAUGUUUAGUUUAGUUUUUAUUAGUUUCAAUGUUAUAGUUUUUUAAAUUAUUAUAAUAAAGGGUGUGUGUGCUCAGAAUAGUCCCAGUCCUAGUCUCAAUAAACACGAGCUCCGACACCUCUUCAUGCUGGUUGUGACAAAUUUGACCAAACU